CCAAUACUCGGGUUGUUCAUUUGAAGGAUGGCUAAACUCUUCGUUUUCUUCCUUCUAACUUCCCUUUUCAAAAGAAGCUUAAGCUCUGCCUCCUCAUCCGUCGCUCCGAAAGAUCUUGGAGAUGCUUGCCAAAAUAUUUGGAACGCGGCUGCUGGAAGCAAUCUGAGAGUUCCUUCAGAACUAACUGUUGACCUUGCCGGUAAAAAUCCACUGUUUACUGUGGAAGGGAAUGGAGUACCCAAAAUUAAUUCCCUGGAGUUUAUUAGAUUCAGAGAGCUACUGCAGGUCAACAACGAAGCACGUCAAGAUGCAUUUCUCAACGUGAUAGUGCAACCAGGUGGACCUGUUGAACAAGCUUUGAUUUAUCUCAAAGCAAAUGGUUUACUAGAUGCGGAACAAGAUAUUGCGGCCUUCAAGAAUAUUUUAAAAGAACUGUGGUUCCAACCUCCUAAAGGUAGCGAGAAAAAAGGCUUUGAGCAUGUAUUUAUCGGUGAUAUGGGAAAAUUGGGAAAAUCGUACGAGGGAUUUCACAACUGGUUCAUGUUCUACCAAUUGCAGAAUGCAGAGCCAAAUCCAAUAAGUAAUGUUGUGGUGAACUCCCUGACGUAUAACACACAGGUAAGCAUUAUCCGGAAUUAUCUGAAUAGACCAUUUUACAGUUAUAGCCAAUGCAAAGGGAUUGACGCACAACAAAGAAUUGACUGUGGCUAUUAUAGCAUACAACGUGAUAAAUGCAAGAAAGUCCGAAAAUGUUGUUUUGACAACACAGUGCCAGAUGUACCACGGUGCUUCUUUGGCAAUCAAGUUCUAUCGAAUCUUAACUAUGAUGACAAUAUGACAUAA